GCAACAACCUUUAGCAGCAGCUAGUAGCUGGAGACCCAAGAUGGAGGAGCUCUGUUUCUGUUCUCUCAGAGGUUUACUGGUUUAGGGAGAAAAGGACGUUACUCACGGGCUCGUUACAACACAGAGGAGCUUCCAGACAUCUUUUUAAAAGAAAUACUUUCUUUAUAGUGUGUCUAAACGUUGAUUUAAAUGGACAUUAAGCUGUUUUGUUGCUGAGCGCGGAGGACUUUACGCACCGCUGACCGGCACAGACACACGGAGCACUUUACGAACCGUCUCCAUCCGCGGACCUGCACAGAAACAAGCUGCAUAGUUAAAAACUGGAAAGUGUAGCCGGGAAAUCAGACUGUAAAGUGGGCGAGAAAGCUGAUCUUCUACCUCGGAGGCAGAGCCGGUGUUUACUGCUGGAUACACAGGCUGUUUGUGGGACUUUGACUCGGACCAACAAUGUUACACAGACGUCCUAUUUUAUCAUGGCUCAGAUUGAGUCCUAUGUUUCCUUGGUGGAGCUGUGCUGCCACAUCCAAUCAAUCUCAACAUCCAGGGAGGAUGCCACUGGUCCUAACAUACUUGCACUAGAGACUAUCUGAUUUGUGAAGAAGAAGAAGAAGAAGAUGGAGACAGCAGUGAGGACUCAUCAGCUGCUCGUCCACCCGCUCUCCAACCCUGGAGCUGCAGGCAUCUUCCCAGAGAUGCUGGAGAUCGCAGAGGAGGCCAACCGGGCUGGAGACUUCAGCCUGGCUGUGGAGAUCUACAGCUCCCAGCUGGCAGACCUCCAGCAUCCAGACAGGGGGUUGUGUCUGAGGAAGGCCGACUCUCUGACCCAAGCAGGGCGCAUAUCAGAGGCGAUGGACUCCUACUGCAUCGCAGCAAGUUUGGGCAAACUGCGCCCGGAUGAGCUGCAACUCUUGGUGGAAACCAUCGCCCGGACUCUGCGUGAGAAAGAGCUGGGCAUCCAUGUGACACUAAAUGGACAAUGCAGCAGCAGUGGUGAAGAUGGGGGUGAAAGUGAUGGAGAGUGUGGAGAAGAUGAAGCACUGGACUUGUUCUCCUGUCGCCUCUGCAGGUGUAUCCUCCACGAGCCCACCACCGUGGAGUGUGGACACACUUUCUGCAAACAUUGCCUAGAGGAUGACUCUGUGACAGAGUGCGCACAAUGCAAACACACUUUUAUCCCCAAAACAGACUACGGCCGCAGAUUAGACGUUGUUCUCAGCGGCCUGCUGGAUAAACUGUUUGCAACUGAGAGCAAAGCCAGGAAAUGCUGGAUCGAAGGAGAGGUUUUGUGGAAGAAUCAGAGCCUCUUGGAUGCUUUGGAGAAGUACAACGCGGCUGUGGAUUUAGCGCCCUCUUCAGGCCAACUGCUGUGUCAACGGGCCGAACUGCACAUGGAGAUGAGGAGCUUCAGUCAGGCUGUGCAGGACGCCAACAGCCUCUGUAGGAUGAAACCUCUGUGGACCAAGGCUCACUGUCUGAAAGCGACGGCGCUGAGAGAAGCAGGCCGCAAUGAUGAGUCCUUGCAGGAAUACUUAAUGUGUGUGGCGCUAAAGCCCAACUGGACCAAAGUCAAACUGGAGGCUCAGAAGGUCCUUAGCGAGGUGUUCUCUUCUGUGUUUGAGAACGAGGACAUGCCAACGCCGCUGCACCCGCUGCAGGGGGGGAUGACCACCCGCCUCAUCAAACCCCCGGCCUUGCUGAGGUCCCUGAGGCCGCUCACACAGAAACCUGCAUCCUCCUCACAGGACUCAGAGUUCAGUGUGACUAAAAGUGCUUCAGUGGACGACUCGUCCUCCAGACUCUCUGCUCCGUCUCCUGGUAAAUCAUCGGAUCAUAGUGCGGGGGAGGGCAGCACCAAGAGCCUGGCCGACGUUCUGGCUGCACUGCCAGCGCCUCCCGGUGGCCUCAAGAGGAAACACAGCGGAGAUGGAACCUCCGCAUUCUUCAACCCUCCCUCCAAACUGCUCAGACCUGACAAGGCGAGCAGCGUUCAGACGGCCUCAGUGUGCGGAGGGAGGACGUUUCCUGCUGAGCUGUUGGACAGCGGAGACAUGGAGUGUUCACUCUGCAUGAGGUUGUUCUACGAGCCGGUGGCCACUCCCUGUGGACACACCUUCUGCCUCAAAUGUCUGGAGCGCUGCCUGGACCACAACUCCAACUGCCCUCUGUGCAAGGAGAAUCUCUCCGAGUAUCUGGCCACCAGGGGCUACAACAAGACCCUGCUGAUGGAGGAGGUGCUGCAGCGUUACCUAGGAGACGAGCUGGCGGAGAGGAAGAAAAUCCACGAAGAGGAGAUGAAGGAGCUGUCCAACUUGAACCAGGAAGUUCCCGUCUUUGUGUGCACCAUGGCCUUCCCCACCAUCCCCUGCCCGCUGCACGUCUUUGAGCCGCGCUAUCGCCUCAUGAUCCGCCGCUCCAUGGAGACGGGCACCAAGCAGUUCGGGAUGUGCAUAGCCGACGACCUCAAAGGCUUUGCCGACCACGGCUGCAUGCUGGAGGUGCGAGACGUGAAGUUCUUUCCUGACGGUCGUUCGGUGGUCGACACCAUCGGUGUGUCGCGGUUCAAGGUGCUCAGCCACGGACAGAGAGACGGCUACAACACUGCCAAGAUAGAGUACCUGGAAGACAAGAAGGUGGAGGGGGAGGAGCUGACGGAGCUCCUGAAGCUGCACAACUCUGUGUACGAUCAGGCCAACAACUGGUUCACCUCGCUGAAGGACAACAUGAAGAGCCAGAUCCUGAGCCACUUCGGACACCUUCCCAGCAAAGACCCCGACCCGCAGGCCAGUCCCAGCGGUCCGGCCUGGUGCUGGUGGCUGCUUGCCGUCCUUCCUCUGGAGAACCGAGCCCAGCUCACCAUCCUGUCCAUGACCUCCCUCAAGGACCGCCUCAUCGCCAUCCGCAGGGUCCUCAUCUUCGUCACGCGCAAGAGGCCGCGGUGAUCGCCCAGCUGCUCGGUGGGGGGGGAUGGACCGGAACUGCUCGGGCUUCUAUGCAGUUCAGCAAUCCGUUCAUUGGUCUGUUAAUUAGAUCACUCAUUGACUCAUUCAUACGUUUGUUUACUCAUUCAUUCAUGCACUUGCCCACUCUCACAUGAAUUCAUGGACUCCUCGCUGCGUCAGUCAUGUCGACGGCGUCGGGCUGCAUCUUCUCACCGGAUGAAUUAAGCUACAACACAUCUCUUGACCGAGAGACCUCUCACCUCUUGUUCUCUGUUGUCAGGUCACUUCCAUUGAGACCAUUUAGAUCAUUUGACUGACUCUGUUAUGAAGGAACAAAAAAAAAAAAACCUCGUUGUUCCUACGAGCAGUAUUUCACAGAAGUUAGCGACAGCCACAGAGCCGUGUGGCGCCCUCAUCCUCA